AUGUUGGACUUGGUGCCACAUAAUGUUCGGAUUUCCCAACUCCACGGAGGGAGUAACAUCGGAGAUCGAAAAUUAUCAAGAAAGCUCGAAUCUAUUCUCCUCAAGCUGCUGCUACUGCCUCAGCUUCAAUUGCUGAUUCUCAGACUUCUCCUCCUUCAAGUUCUUAAAGGAGCAAGAUGCAUAGAGAAGGAGGGAUUCAUCUCUCUCGGAUACAGUGGAUUUCACGAGCUUCGAAGGUGA